AGAUAAACUAGCAGCCAGAAGAGAAGAGCAGGUGCAGAAUGGAGAUGACUGAGAGCAUCAAUCGACCUGUAGACCCUGGUGAGGUCAGCAAGCCCGCUAUAGACAAAUAUGAAGAAGCAGGCACCGACACCAUUGAUGUUCUCAGCAAGACUCCAGACUCCAGAGACAACCAGGAAGGCCCAGGUCCUCAUCACUCUAGGCCUUGGAGGAGCACUGCUGUGUUUCUGGGUCUGCUGUGUGUUCUUCUGCUCUCUGGUAUUGCAGUUCUCAGCUUCAAAAUGGUGGAAAUCAAACAAUUACAGGAUAGUUGCACAGAGAAACUACGGGUGCAGUCAGGUCACGACAAUCUGAUCAGAGAAAAUGUACAGUUGCAAAAGAGUUACGAUACCCUGAGUAGUGAGAAAUCCCAGCUACAGACCAGUUACAACAACCUGACAAAAUACAGCACCCAACUGCAGAAAGGUUACAACAACCUCAACAAACAAAAGGCCCUUUUGGAUGCUAGUUACAAUAACGUAACUGAAGAGAUAUUACAGUUACAGGAUAAGUAUAGCAAUCUAUUUAAAGAGAAGUCUAAAUUACAAAGCAACUGGGAAACAUUGGACAGAGACAAUUCUUUGUUACAAGACAGAUAUCAGAACUUAACUGGAGAGAAAUUUCAGUUACAAACCAACUACAAUACCCUGAAUUCAGAGAAAUCCAAACUGCAGGACAGAUUUAACAAUCUGUAUUCAGAAAAAUCCCAGCUGCAGACAAGCUACAACAACCUGUAUUCAGAGAAAUUCAAAUUGCAGAACACGUUUAAUAUCCUGAAUAGAGAAAAAUCCCAGUUAAACACUAGCUACAACAACCUGAAUUCAGAGAAAUCCCAGCUGCAGACCAGUUACAACAACCUGAAUUCAGAGACAUCCAAAUUGCAAGACAGAUUUAACAACCUGAAUAGAGAGAAAUCCCAGCUACAGACAAGCUACAACAACCUGAAUUCAGAGAAAUCUCAGCUACAGACAGGAUACAAUGAUUUGAUUAGAGAUAAAUCUCAGUUACAGACAAGCUACAACAACCUGAAUUCAGAGAAAUCCAAACUACAGGACCGAUUUAACAACCUGAAUAGAGAGAAAUCCCAAUUGCAGACCAGGUACAACAACUUGAAUUCAGAUAAGUCUCAGCUACAGACAAGUCACAACAACCUGACCAGAGAGAAAACCCAGCUACAGAACAGACUGAACACUGUGACUGCCGAGAGGGAUGCACUACAAGAGAAUUUGUCAAACCUACAAUCACAUGACAUGAAGAGAAUUAAAAGUCAUGCAGUGGAUGUGACUCUAGAUCCUGACACAGCACAUGCCUCCCUCAUCCUGUCUGCUGAUGGGAAACAAGUGAGACAUGGCGACACACAGCAGAAUGUCCCUGACAACCCCAAAAGGUUCAGUCCUGUUGUAUGUGUCUUGGGAAAACCGGGGUUUUCUGCUGGCAGAUUCUACUAUGAAGUUCAGGUCAAGGGGAAGACUGGGUGGAGCUUAGGAGUGGGCAGAGAGUCCAUUACCAGGAAGGGAGUGAUAACUCCGAGCCCUGGGAUUGGAUAUUGGACAAUAUGCCUGCGUGAUGGGACUUAUAAGGCACUAGACAGUACCCGUGUUCUCCUCUCCCUGAAAGAGAAGCCCCAGAGGGUGGGGGUGUUUGUGGAUUAUGAGGCAGGUCUGGUCUCCUUUUAUGAUGCAGACUGUUGGUAUCAUCUCUACUCUUAUGCUAAUGUUAAGUUCACUGAGAAACUUUACCCAUUCUUCUCUCCUGAUCUUAAUGAUGGAGCAACAACUUGAGCUGACAAGGAUGAAAAUCGCUGAAAAAGAUGAGAUUGUGUUGAAUAAAGAUUUUACGAUUGAUCAGAAGAAGGCCUCCAUUGACGAGAUGAUCAGUAUUGGACAGGACCUGAAAAAGAAGGCUACGGACCUGACGAGACAGUUGGAAAUGGUAGAACCUGGUGCGGCAUCUGGACAGGAAAGUUCCAUGACCUCUGAUGGACAUCACACUGGAGCCACCAGGAACCAUUUGUCUCUGGCACAAGAGUUCAGCCUGUCUGGAUUUCAGUACUCACUGGCUGAACAAGGCCUGGACCAGCUGCAAAAGAGGGGCCCUGCUCGGAGUUAGUUUUGGCCUGGACACCGUGCUGCCCUUCUGCCUGUUGGGGGUCGCCAUGACAUCUUGCUCCAACUUCGCGUCGACUGAUGCUCACCAAGACAUCCUGCAGCACGGCGCAUUUCUGCCGCCAUUUUAACUUCUCCACGAGGCUGCAGAAAAACUUGUUGACACUGUGGUGUUUGCUAUGUAGAUGUAGAACUGGAUUUUUGCACAGCUUGUCCCAACAGGAUGAAGGACAUUUGCCAUUACUGCUCAUCAUCCAAACAUAUUCUUGUAUGUUUAUACGAUUUUACCAUAUUGAAAUAAACAUCACUAAACAUUUCUG